AUGCAUGACGUAGAUAAUUUUCAAAGGAUCGAAAGAAUUGGCGAAGGAACGUAUGGCAUCGUUUUUAAAGCGCGCGACAAGAAAACUGGCAAGGAUGUGGCUUUAAAGAAAAUACGUUUGGCAAGUGAAACUGAAGGUGUCCCAUCCACGGCCAUACGCGAGAUAUCGUUGCUUAAAGAUCUUGAUCACAAUAAUAUUGUGCAGUUAUUUGAUGUUGUUGUUACCGACACCAGCUUGUAUAUGGUUUUCGAAUAUUUAAAUAUGGAUUUGAAAAAACUUAUGGAUAAAAAAAAAGAAAUAUUUACAAACAAAUUAGUAAAGUCGUAUAUGUUUCAAAUGUUUGAUGCAAUUGCUUUUUGUCAUACGAAUCGCAUAUUGCAUCGCGAUUUGAAACCUCAAAAUCUAUUAGUAGAUACCUUAGGAAAUAUUAAAUUGGCGGAUUUUGGUUUGGCUCGAGCCUUUAAUAUGCCAAUGCGAGCUUAUACACAUGAGGUAGUAACUUUAUGGUAUAGAGCACCCGAAAUUCUAUUAGGUACAAAAUUUUAUGGUACCGGGAUGGAUAUUUGGAGUUUAGGUUGUAUAUUCGCAGAAAUGAUAAUGAAACGUUCUUUAUUCCCCGGUGACAGUGAAAUUGAUCAACUAUAUCGUAUAUUUCGAACUUUGGGUACACCAGAUGAAAGCAAUUGGCCGGGUGUAACUCAAUUGCCCGAUUAUAAAGGAAAGUUCCCUAAAUGGGAAAAACCUAAUAUUCCCGACAUAAUAGUUAAACAUGAAGCCUAUGAACUUUUCAAGGCUAUGAUGAUUUAUGAGCCCAAUGGGCGUAUAUCAGCCAAAAACGCAAUGCUCCACAGAUAUUUUGAUAAUUUGGAACUUGUUAAACAAGUCGAUUUACCCAAAGAAUCUUGAAAGUGUUUAGUUAAUAUAGACCUAUCUUGCUUUAAUUAGAAGUUUUUUUUUUUCCUUUUAUACUAAGUACAAAAUUGCCUCAGCAUAAUGUUCAUCUGCAACGGACAUCCUCUGUUCAAGAAGACCAGGGCAAAGAUGCAUUGUAAAGAAGUGUUAAAUAAAAAUCAAAAGUUAAUAAAAUUAAAAUUAAGAAUUUUGUAGGUAAUGCGAUGCUUCUUUUAACUUUAAAAUUCGUUAGGUUAUCUAGAAAGAGAUGUUGGCUUUAUUACUAACUAAAAUUACCGUUUUUCUGUACAACAUAUGGACGAACAACUUUCAUGCUUAGUAAAAUUGAUUGUAGAUAUACUUUCCUUUUAAGGAAUGCACUAACACGUUCACGGACAUUAAAAAUUUCAGGGAGCUGCAAAAAUAGACAGGCAAUUAUUUUGGAAACUAGUUGUAAUAUCCAAAAUCUGAUUUUACAUAUAUUACAAGAGUAGUCAGAACAUCGUAUUUUAACUGUUAUAUGAAAUGAAUGUUAGAGCAUCCACGACAAUAUAGAUUAUAUUUCUCAACUAGGAUGACGUGAAUGCUAUAGCAAAUUAAAUGAACAAAAAUUGGCUUUAAAAUUUGAAUGCUGUAGCAUUCACGUCAUUUUGCAUCACUAUGAAAAUGAAUGCUAUAGCAUUCACGUCCGCGGACGUGUUAACAUUGCUA